AUUCGAUUCGAUUCGAUUCGAUUCGAUUCGAUUCGAUUCGAUUCGAUUCGAUUCGAUUGAUUGAAUCACUCGAUUCGAUCAUUUUUUUUUACGGGGGUACGUACAUACGGUAGGCAAAUUAUCUACGGAAGCAUUUAUUUGGUUUGGCUUGGUCCGUCAUCAUCUGUCAUCGUGGAAACCCCUUUCAGUCUCUGUUCAAAGCCUUGUUUCUUCGCUCAGCAUGCCAUACUUUGGUCAAACAUUCAGAUCGAAGGAGAGAAGAAGAAGUUGGACGAAGAAGAGAUUGAAGAGUAGAGCGCAUCUUCUGCCCAUUGAAGACCUGCAUCAGCCAGCCAACUCGACUGUGCUGGCCCAUUGUCUUCCUCCGCUGACCUUUCGAAGGCGGAACAGGGAACGAACAUGAACAACAAUAGCAGUAGCACCACUGAGCUACAGCAGAGGCGACGAACUUCGAAUCGGUCAACAAAAAAUCGGCUGUCUACAGGUGGAUAUUGGGCUCCCCUCAUGCAGGAAAUCCGGAAACCUGGUGGAGUUGGUCUUGCCAAGUGCACCAAACGCCUUUUGGACGCACCUUAUGACGAAACUCGUGGGCUACACGCAUCUCAAUUGGCCUUGGCCAUUAAGUCAUCCAGCCGAGAUGCUGACAGUGCAACCAAGGAAAGGGAGGAACAACGUUUGGUGAAGUAUACACAAGCCUUGCUAACAAGAAACAUUGAUCCCAACGACACUGACUCGACAGGUCAAUCCGCUGUGUCUUGGGCAGCAUCUUUCGAUUUUCAAAAGCUACUCAAUCUCUUGCUUGAACUAGGAUGUUCCUUGAAGCUUGGGACUAUUCACCCAUUGCGGGCUGCAGUAAACGACAAUCAGCAUGAAUGCAUGACAAUCCUCCUGGAAAAGAGAGGAGAAGAGUGCCAGGCAAUUCUUCGCCAGGAAGAAAAGAUGGAUUCUUGGGAGGGGUCUUGGGGGGGAAUGAGUCUCGAAUUACAUGCUUACAACACACUGUCCAAAGCUGUUUCCGAAGCUGCCUUGUCGGAAGAUGUCCGUGCUGUUGCACUUCUCAGAGACCAGGGAAAGGCAGGGAUUUCCGACUUGUUCUGGUCGAGGUACAAGGCAGAGUUGGACUCUGUUCUUCAAGUCAUGUAUGGUGAAGAGACGGAUGUCAGUGCCUGGAGCAGGGAUCUUCAUUGGAGUUUUCCCACCAUGGAUAGAACAAUGAUCAACUACCUUUGGCAUCUGUGGGCACGAAAGAAGAAUGACUUUCCCAGUGGAAGUUGAAUUAGUUAUUACUUAAAAUCUAUAGUUUCGAUCCUUUACUAU